AACACCAUAAGAAGAAGAAGUAGCGGAGGUGUCCAGAGCGGGUGUCAGUCUGCGUCAGUGUCGUGACGUGCGCGUUACAGAAGAAGCACAUGUCAAGCUCGCGCUGGCGUCGGUUCGGUCCGUUUGAGUUCGAGUGAAUGUGAAGAGGAUGAUGAUGAUGGACCCGCUCGAGGCUCUUCUGGAUGAAGUCGCUCUGGAGGGUUUGGACGGCAUCAGUCUUCAGACACUCUGGAUGAGGCUUCGGACGCGACAGCCUGAAUUCGGUUUGAAUCUGGAUUCGGCGACACAGAACUUCAUCUGGAGCUGCUUGAGCCGAACACCCGAGAUCCGAUUCUGGCUGUUGCCCGAACCCCGGAAACACGUCACAGUACACGACCGGUUCGUGGAGGUGGACCGGAACACAGGCAUUCACGAGAUGCGUCUGCCCGAGUCGGAGGACCCGUAUCCCGUCAGCGUGGUGACCGAUGACCCGAGCGGCGUUCAGGGCUCAUGCGUGUUCUAUAGAGAGCGCGUGGACGUCACAGAUGACGUCAGAACGUCAGAUCUCAGAACGCUGGUGACGCUGGAACAGGCUCAGAAUCAGUGGGCCGAGAAGCUGGUGAUGGUGGCGUCUCAGGAGGUGCGCUCCAGAGCUCUGAUUGGUCCGGAGGGAAACUCUGAGCUGAAGCUGAGCGACCCGACCUACUGCAUCCUGGAGAGAUUGGCCCGAGCGCGCUGGCAGGGUGAACUCCAGCGAGAAAUGCACACGCGAAUAUUCAGAAUGGAUGCGGGUAAGAUGCAUUAUCUGAGGAGGACGCUGGACAGAAACCGACUGAUCACCAUACAGUCACACGUGUCUCGUCUGGCGUCUGGAGCUCAACAACAUUCACUGCUGCUGCUGCUGCCACGCUUCCAUGUGGACAGGAGGAGCAAAUAUGACAUUCUGAUGGGGUCCGUGUCCAACCUCCUCUCUGAAGUGCCCAAUAAGAUGAUGAUCAUGGUGAAACUCAGACAACAGCUGCGUGUCAGCGAGCGCACCUUCAAGCGUGUGUAUCAGUACAUGUUAGCCGCUAAGAUGGUGAGCCUGUUGAGGAUUCCUCUAAAGGAGUUGGACCCUGACGGAGGACCCUUCAGAACCUUACGAGGCACGGAGGUGUUCGUCCGCUGUCUGAAGCUUCUGAAAGCGUACAGACAUAAGGACGUGGAGGAGGACGAGGACGAUGAGAACGAGGAGGACGGUGAGGGGCCCGUGAAGAGGAGCGCUCUGGCGGUUCCUCGCGUCAUCGAGCGUGACAUGCUCUCUCAAGCCUACGACAUCGUGGUGUCGAGCGGCUCCAGAGGGAUCUCGCAGUCUGUCCUGAGAGGACAACUCAACAUCGGACGACUUGAGGGACGGAUGGUCUGCAGGACACUGGAGCGCAACGACAUGAUCAAAGGCUUCAUGGAGGACGUGGGACGUCAGAGGACCACCAAAUAUAUCAGCAAAUACUUCGUGGAGGAGAGUAAACUCAACCUGCAGUUCACUAAAGAGCUUCAGCGCAGUCAGGACCUGAGGGGGACACACCUCGCUAGACUCGGGUCAGAUCCACCCGCCCCGGGCGCUUCAGGAGGACACAUAACGCAUAUCAAACAGUCCAAACUCAGCUUUCAAAAGCGUGACGCACCCAUCAAAAAGAAGUCUCUCCGUUCACCUCCAGCACACACAGGCAAAUCCUCACAGAAGAGCCAAACUGAGCGAGACCCUGUCUCCACUGACCACGCCCCCGUCCCGACUGUCAGCCAAUCACGCUCUGCUGAGGACACACCUCUGGUGGUGGAGGAGGUGCUGGCGGUCAGUGAGGUGAAGAAGGCGGAAGUUCAUGAGACGUACAGACUGCUGAAACGCAAGAACAUGAUCAUUGAAGCUGUGAGAUGCAGCAAGAUCAUCGAGGGCUUCUACUCUCUGCAGAGGUUACUGACGGAGGAAGAGAGGAAAGAUGGUGUGAAUACUAAAGUGUGUAAGAAAAGUGUGAUGAGACUCAUCCGCGCACUCUCUCGAGAGGGUUUACUCAAACUUUACAGGACUAUUGUCAUACAGGACGGAAUACACAAGAAGGUUGAGUUUGUGGUUCAUCCGUCUGUGACACCUGAUGAUCCGCUGGUAAAGAGCGCCAUCGAUCAAAUCCGAAUGCGUAUGUCCAGUUCUGUCUCUGCAGCCCGUGUUGUGUCACAAGCUGAGAAGAAGAAGUCUAGUCCACAAGCUACAAAAGAGAAUAAAACAUCAGCGUCUUCACGGCCAACUCAGAGCAACGCGCCCAAGAAAGUGAGCGAGAAGAUGGGCGUCAAAACCCUGAAAUCCUUCAAACCUGUAACCGUGCCUGGACAUGGACGCACGAUGGGAUUUCAGCCCAAGAUGCCUCGGUUACGUAUUGUUCACGCUUUCCUGUGGUACAUGAUUUACGGACAUCCACUCAGACGCUCCAGCCCGACUGAUCCUCCACUGGACAACCAAUCUGACCCCACUAAACCUGCACAUGACCCUCAGUCCAGCCCGACUGAUCCUCCACUGGACAACCAAUCUGACCCCACUAAACCUGCACAUGACCCUCAGUCCAGCCCGACUGAUCCUCCACUGGACAACCAAUCUGACCCCACUAAACCUGCACAUGACCUUCAGUCCAGCCCGACUGAUCCUCCACUGGACAACCAAUCUGACCCCACUAAACCUGCACAUGACCCUCAGUCCAGCCCGACUGAUCCUCCACUGGACAACCAAUCUGACCCCACUAAACCUGCACAUGACCUUCAGUCCAGCCCGACUGAUCCUCCACUGGACAACCAAUCUGACCCCACUAAACCUGCACAUGACCCUCAGUCCAGCCCGACUGAUCCUCCACUGGACAACCAAUCUGACCCCACUAAACCUGCACAUGACCCUCAGUCCAGCCCGACUGACCAGAACAACCCCAGCGACCCUGAAGCGGACCCUCAGUCCAGUCUGACUGAUCCUCCGCCCGAGGGUUCUGGCACUGAUGAGCAGAUGGAGCAGCGGUUUAAGGUGUAUGUGAAUGAGAAUAACUGGAAGAGGUUUAUUCCUCCCAUCCCGCUACACAAGGACUUUGGUUUCGGAUGGGCUCUGGUCUCUGAUCUUCUCAUAUCACUGCCACUCAGUAUCUUCAUGCAGAUCUUUCAAAUCAACUACAAGGUUGAGGGUCUGGAGCAGUAUAUGAAUGAUCCGGUGAAGCAGCAUUAUCUCAUCAGAUUUCUCCCUGCAGAUAUAAAAAGACAACUGCUACACAAGAGAAAGUACAUCUUCAGUUUUCAUGAGACUCUUCAGAGGUUGUGUUUCAUGGGUCUGCUGCAGUUUGGACCCAUUGAGAAGUUCAUGGACAAGGAUCAGGUGUUUGUGUUUCUGAAGACGAAGGCCACGAUUGUGGAUACGACAGUGUGUGAUCCUCAUUAUAAUAUGGCCAUAGAGACCAUUGGUCCGUUUGAGAGGAGACGUUACGUGUUUAAGACGCCUCAUGAUGUGGAGAAGUACUGGUUUGACCUGCUGUGUGUGUGUCUCAACACUCCUCUGGGAGUAACACGUGGGCGCUCUCGUGAGGCAGAGGAGUCUGAUGUUGCCAUGGGAAUAGAACGCUGCCCCAGAUUCCUGCAGUCCAUACAGGGCAGUUCUUCUGUAGUGGAUGAUGGUUUUACCCCCGGCAACGGGCAGGGCGCUGGAGGACUGGACUCCAUCUUGUUUAGUCACCUGAAACGCAACUGGACCUGGACCAGCCACCUGGUGAAAACACUCGCACAGAACACCGAUGUUAAAGAUCGUCAAACCGUCCGGUUGAGAAACCUGCUGUCCAAACACCCCAAACCUGCUACACAAACACACAGUAACAGCACUCGCACACAAUCAUCAGCUCAUCCCCCUGCAGUCGUGGAGGAGGAGGUGUGUGUGAGCCGGCAGCCGGCCAGCAGGAAUGAGGAGGUGCGCGGAGGACGUAAACUCAAACGCAAGAGACCUAAGAAAGACAUCAGCAAACCCACCCGCAAGAAGAAGAAGGGAGCUCGUGUGAGGAAACAGUAUCACGCUCAGGACGAGACGGAUCGCAGAGCUUUACUGCACAUGACUAAACAAAGAGUCACAUGGACACAUGAAGAGGACAGUCUGCUUAUGUUGUGUAGAGUUACCAGUCACUUCCUCAACCGCAAGUUGAAGAAGCCGUUUGUUCCGUGGACGGUGCUUCGAGAUGUUCUUCACGCUGAGUUUGAGCUAUCAUGUGAUAAAACAUCUCUGUCUGUCAGUCGACGCUCACGAUACAUCAUGAAGAACCCCCAGACUACACUCAACUACAGGAUUUGUUUGGCUGAACUGUAUCAGGAUAAAGAGUUGCUGGCAAAAUUCAUGAACCGAACUGACGACUACAACAGUCCACAGGUGUGUGAGGCAGAGUAUAAAGAGUUUGUGAGUGCGCUGAGGUCAAAGUUCAGCUCCAGUUAUGGCUCUAAUGAUGUCCUCAUACCAGAUACCAGAGAGGAGCUCUUCAAGAAGUUUAAGGUGUUUAGGAUUGGAGAUGAUACACUGGAGCGCUCCAAAGAUGUUCUCAACAGGCACGAAGACAUUCAUGUUCUAGUGUUGUUUAAUUUAAUUCAGAGCACUCUGGUUCUGACCAAUGCUCAGAUGAAGAACUACAGACCCUUCCAGACAUUCUGUCUGUACACACAGUAUAAAGAGCAGGUUUUGUCUCAGGCCUUUCAAACGUGUCGGAGGCGGGGCCUAGUAAACCGGCGACGCCCCAUGACCUUCUAUGGCAUAAAGAAGUACCAAGCCCUCCCCUUCCUGCCCAUGUCCUAUCAGCUCUCACAGCACUACUACAGGUUCUUCACAUGGCGAAUCCCCAGCAGCAUCUUUAAUGAAGUGUAUGAUCUCAUCUCCACCUUACGUGAGCGAGGCUCAAGAGACCGAGACAAUCGCUUCUCAUUCCAGAAAGAUCCCGAGACACAAAGAGACGCCAGCCGACAGCAGGAGACGCAGGAGAGGAUUGAGGAGGUGGAGGUGCAGGUGGAGGCAGAAGAAGACACUCGGGACAUGCUGCAGAUCCUCAUGGACUCUCCGGGCGGUGUGAGCGCCUCCUGUCUCACUCUCAUGACCCUCGGCCUUCUGUCUGUCGACGUCACCAUACCACAACAGAUUGUCAUCAUCAACAGCAGCAUGUUUGACAACGACCUGCUGAAGAGUCUGAGUAAAGCACUGGAUGAUGAUGAAGAGGAGGAUGAAGAGGAGAAGAAGAGGAGAGUGGAGGCCAAACCUCCUCAAGCGUCUCACACCAAUUACCUGCUGAUGAGAGGAUAUUACACACCUGCACUCAUGCGUUCACAAACACACAACUCCAACACCACCGACAACAUCAUCAUCAAUUCCUGCAGUGUCCACAUCAAGCUCAGAGAGACGCCCAAACACACACACUUCACACCAGAGGCGGCGUCUUUCUCAGCGUGUUCUUCAUCUGCUCCCGAGUGUUUCCCGGUGUCUUUCACUCGUGUGUAUGGCUCAACAACACUAGACUUGCAGAUGUUUGUGGACAGGUGUGUGAGUGCGUUAGGAUACACUCCAGAAGACAUCCAGACCGUCAAUGACAUCAUAGACGCCGUACAGGAGGAGGCGGAGUUUGGCAUUGACAGACAGGAACUCUGCAUGAGCUUCAUACAUCUGGAGGAGCCAGAGAACGGCCGAACGAGAACACUACAGCAGUAUAUACAGGAUCUGGUGGACGGAGAGCAGCUCGUCGAGGUGGGAGCUCUCUCUCACAGACUGGUGUGUAUGAACGCUGCGUCUCAUUGGCUGCUGGACAGCAAACAAGAUGAUGAUAAGCAGACGCAACAUAUGUCCCUGAAAAGAGGCUCCGCCCACGAGCCCACCCACGCCACACCCCCAGCCAAGAAGAGCCGGCCCACUGAAUCUUAUUUCCAGUCAUUCUCCACAAAUGCAGAUGUGGAUCAAACCGUUGCCAAGGAGACCGCCGCAGAUGAGAAAGAGGCGGGGCUUGUUGACCCCUCCCACGGCAGAGAUGAAGAUGGAGAUGAAGAAACUGCUGAGCAGGAGAAAGACAGGGAUGGUGGUGGCGAGUCGGUGAGGUUCGUCGGCCGUCCAUGGCGUGUGGUUGACGGUUCAUUGAACAGUUCGGUGUGUAAGGGAAUGUUGGAGUGUCUUCUUCUUCACGUCAUCAGUAAUCCAGGCAUCCGCGAGCCGUCUGUCCUUCAGCAUUACAGUCAAGUGCUGCAGCCCGUCGCCAUCCUCGAUCUCCUGCAGGUUCUGGUGGAUCUGGGCUGCGUACGGAAGCGUUACACCGUCCACCAGCACAAAGCAUCUCUCUUCUCCAGACCCAGAAUGGGGCAGGUCAAAGGUCAGACGGAGCUCAGCAUGAGAGACGAUGCCAUGGCGUUUUAUGAGCCCACGGUGGACUGUACGCUGAGACUGGCUCAAGUUUUCCCACAUCAGCCCAACUGGAACAAAUGGGUUCAGCUGUGUCUGCGCGUCUGACCGAGAGAUACCGGCCUUUUCAUUUGUGUGUUUUAAAGUGUUCCGCUUGUGUUGUGUAAAAUAAAGAGAUCCAUUUUUCA